AAUCACAUCACGGCAGGGAAAAAACUGUACUACGCUGAUGUACUACGCACGCGCAGACUACAAACAGCGGCAGGAGUAGCAGUCGUCCAAGGAGGAUCACUACUCUCCUCUAAAGCUCUUAGGAGCACAUAACCACCAGUAAAGCUGUAUAAGCAUCAGGUUGACGGGACGGAAGGAAGUGGCGCGUCUUACGGGGAACUUCCUGUUGACUUCGCCAUGAGUUACAAACCCAUUGCUCCUGCGCCGUCUGGCUCCAACCAUACUCCUCCAGGCUCCUCUGUGCCCUCUCCAUCCCUACCCUCAUCAUCCAGCUUUAGACCAGCUUUCAGUGACUUUGGCCCACCUUCUAUGGGUUUUGUUCAGCCUGUCAAAGUGUCUCAAGGUUCCACCUACAGCGAGCUCCUGUCUGUCAUUGAAGAAAUGAGUCGUGAGAUCAGACCCACAUACGCUGGGAGCAAAAGUGCUAUGGAGAGACUAAAGAGAGGAAUAAUUCACGCCCGUGCACUGGUCAGGGAGUGUCUGGCAGAGACGGAAAGAAGCGCCCGUACAUAACCUUUUGAAAAGAUCUUUUUAUUCUGUGCUGUCACUGUUGAAGCCGACCCUCAUCAAUGUCCUGUUUUUUAUGCUAUUAUGUUUUGUGUGUUUUCUGUUGCCUUCUAUAGGGCACAGCAUGUUCUUCUUGUCAACACUGUUCCUCGUCCCACAUCAGCUGUUGUGUUGACAAAAUUAUCUCUGACCUGUGAGAUGAAAACAACAUGCAGUUUUGUAUCUAUUUUGAACACUUUUUUAUGUAGAAAACCUUGCGAAAAUAUUUAUAGUCAAAUUGUUCAGUACCGGAGGUUAUUGUCCAUAGAGAUUCUUAUCUUUUAAAUGGCCCUUCCAAAAGGCCAUGAUCCUCAAGUUUCUAUUCUGCAACCACUUCACACAAACAGCAUUUUGUCUGUUUUUAGUCGAAAUCUGAAAUAUUUCUCAAUGUCCAUAACUAUACUUAUCAAUUUAUUAGUACAGAAAUUUUGUAAACCAGAUUUUUGCAAUUCACUAUGUAUAUCUUAAUAAAAAUGACAAAACAAUAA